GUGUUUUACUGAUCUAGUUAGCAGCCUGCAAACAGCUAGAGUACAUACUAGUCAAUAAAGGAGAAAGGAAAUUCUGCUGGAUGUAUCUUGGUAGGAUUGUUAUUGUCAGAUAGUUUCUAUUACCUGAACUGACAAUGAAGCUAAGUAUUGGGAUAUUCUUUGGUGGUCUUUUUGGUGCUCUUGGGAUUUUAAUCUUUUUGGUGGCGUUUGGAUCAGACUAUUGGCUUCUUGCCAAGGAAGUUGAUAAAUGCUCAGGAAAUCAAGGAUAUGGGGGUGUUGAUCGAGUCCUCUUGCACCAUGAAGGUUUCUUCUGGAGAUGUUGGUAUAAUGGAGACGUAGGAUCAAAUAAUAACAGCAUGGCAGCUUUUUGGAUCACCAAUCAAGCCCCAACUAAGAACUGUACUCAUGCUUACCUGUCCCCGUUUCCAAGGAGUAGCGAGAACAGCAACUCUACAGCAUAUCAUUCUGCAAUUGUAUACCGUGGAUUUUGGAAUAUAUUUAUGCUUCUUGGCUUAGUCACUGUUAUAGCAGGAGGCUUCUUCAUCAUAUGUGCAGCGCCUUUCACAAACUACAGACUUUAUAAAGCAGGAGGAGGACUUUUUAUCACUGCUGGUAUACUUUUCACGCUUGUAGUGGUGAUGCAUGUCAUCUGGGUACAGAGUGUGUCAGAUGUGAAACGUUAUGAGGACAUGAGACAAGAGGAUUGCCCAGGUUAUGCUGUGGAUAUUCGCUAUGGUUGGUCCUUCAUGUUGGCGCCGUUUGGAAUACUUUUCUCUCUUUUGGCAGGAAUGCUCUUUCUGUUAGUUGGACACACUAUCCUGAAGCACGUAAAAUAACCAAGCCAUCUCAGCCAUCUACAAAGUUUCAGCUUUUCCAAAAGUUUGCUACUUUGUAUAAUGAAGGACCCAACUAUGUUCAUGUAUAGUAUUUCAUUUCCUGGUAUAUUUUCUGAGAAUUUGUCAAUGGGUACUGUAUUACUGUGUUUAAGGUGUGCCUGUAUUAUACUUAUGUAUUUUUUGUGUCUAUAGAAGUUGCAUUAAUUUAAUUUGAAGUAAUCACUUCAAAAUAUUUUGCAUUUACAACUACUGUAUUACAAAUGUCUUGCUACAUUGUUGAUAAUAAGAGCAUAUUACAGAAGAAACAGUUAAUAUUUUUUAAAUCACUAAUAUUUGAAAACGUAACAUUUUACUUGUAUUACUUAAUUUAAAGCUUAUUUGUAUACUGUUUAUUAGAAAUAACCAACCAACCAACCAACCAACCAACCAACCAACCAACCAACCAACCAACCAACCAACCAACCAACCUAUGAAAAAAGUAAAUGAGAUUAGAUACUUCUUGAUAAUUUGUAUCAUGUAAUGCUACUAACUGAAACUUGAUGUUAUGUUUAAGACUUUUAUUUUAUUCCAUUGCUGCAAUUAUUCUUAUGGAUCAUGUGUGCUAGACAGUGUACUGGUGAACACACAGGCCAAUUAUAGAAUGCAGUUAAGAUUAUAACAGUUAUUUACUGUAUGUGAUAUGGGGGAGUUAUAUUUUACUUAAUAUUUUUUAUACUCUAUAACGUGUUUAAUAGAUUAUAGAGGAAGAGCAGAUGCUGUAAUUUCAUCUGCUCAUGUGCUGCUUGUUCUCAUCCUAACAGUCACAUAAAUGUACUCUUCAUUUCUUGAAAUAGAAUGCAGUUGUUCAUUUGGUUUCAAUGCCAGCAAUCAUGAUUCACACAUUCAGUGGUACUUCUGCAGGUUUUACUGUCAUAGUUUAUCUCUUUAUAAGUGCAUGUUUAUUGAUAUUUUUUGGAACAUCUAGUUAAAAAAUAACAAUAUGUAUAUGUUCAAAAUGUAUUUCUCUGUUCAUUAAAUUAAUGAUUAAUUAGUA